CUGUCAACUGUAGGAGUCAACUUUUUCACAUGUUCAAAAAAGUAAAUUGAAACAAUAACUAUUCCUUUUUUAUGUAGAAUAAUAUUGAUUUCUCAGCAUUUCCAUCAAGUAAACUAUGGAUGCACAAUUUUAUAAACACCUCGAUUUUUAACAUAGUUUAAUUCAUAGAAUUUAAAACAAAAAAUGGCUGAAGUAAAUAAAAAAAAUGUUGAAUGGGAGAAUACUAAAGGACUACGAGAACCGAUAAAAGCGCUAGAGGAUAAAUGGAAACUUGUCCCUUCAUUUCUGCAAGUGAAAGGCUUAGUGAAACAGCACAUUGAUUCAUUUAAUUAUUUCAUCAAUGUUGAGAUAAAAAAGAUUGUACAGGCCAAUGAAAAAGUAUUCUGUGAAGCUGAUCCUCUGUUCUAUAUAAAAUAUUUGAAUGCAUAUGUGGGGACUCCAGAUUUAGAAGAAGGUUUCAAUGUGACUAAAGCAGCUACACCACAUGAAUGCAGAUUAAGAGAUAUGACAUACUCGGCCCCAAUAACAGUAGAUAUCGAGUAUAUAAGGGGCAACCAGAGGGUAAUUAAGAAUAAACAACUUAUUGGAAGAAUGCCAUUAAUGUUGAGGUCUUCAAAUUGUGUAUUAACAAACAAAUCAGAUUUUGAGUUGGCUCAGCUCAAUGAAUGUCCCCAUGAUCCUGGUGGUUACUUUAUUAUUAGAGGACAAGAAAAAGUAAUAUUGAUCCAAGAACAAUUGUCCAAAAACAGAAUGAUUGUGGAUGAAUUUAAAGGUGCCGUACAAUGUCAAGUAACAAGCUCUACACAUGAAAAGAAGACUAGAACAAAUGUUAUUGUCAAGAAUGGCAAAUAUGUUAUGAGACAUAAUGCUUUGUCUGAUGAUAUUCCAAUAGCAGUUGCAUUCAAGGCAAUGGGCAUAUGUACAGAUCAAGAAAUUAUGCAACUUGUAGGCUCUGAUGAUGCUAUUGCCAAGAAGAUGGCGCCUUGCAUUAUGGAAUGCCAUAAUUUGAAAAUAUUUACUCAAAAUCAAGCUCUUGCAUUUAUUGGAAGUAAAUUGAAGGUUAAAAGGUUUCAAACUGCAAAUACUAAGACACGAACUCCUGUUGAUGAAGCCAGGGAUCUGUUUGCUACAACUAUCCUUGCUCAUGUAGCAGUUGAGAAUUACAAUUUCUAUGUAAAAGCUAUUUAUCUGGCUAUAAUGGUGAAAAGAGUUAUUGAGGCAGAGAAUAACAAGUCAUCUAUAGAUGAUCCAGAUUAUUAUGGAAACAAAAGGUUGGAAUUAGCCGGCUCGUUAUUAUCUCUAAUGUUUGAAGAUCUGUUUAAAAGAUUCAACUGGGAGCUGAAAUCCAUAGCAGAUAAAAUUAUACCAAAAGUAAAGGCAGCACCAUUUGAUGUUGUAAAGCAUAUGAGGCCAGAUUUGAUAGCCAACGGCUUGUUUACGGCAAUAUCGUCAGGGAAUUGGACAAUUAAAAGAUUUAAGAUGGAACGACAUGGUGUAACGCAGGUUCUCAGUCGUUUGAGCUACAUAUCGGCGUUGGGCAUGAUGACGAGAGUCAAUUCUCAGUUCGAAAAGACUAGAAAAGUGUCAGGUCCGCGGUCUCUUCAGCCUUCGCAAUGGGGCAUGCUGUGCCCCUCCGACACUCCUGAGGGCGAAGGCUGCGGUCUCGUCAAGAACCUCGCGCUGAUGACUCAUAUUACCACUGAGUGCUCAGAGGAACCGAUCUCUAGACUGGCAUGUAAUGCCGGUGUCGAAGAUGUAAGGCUGCUGGGAGGAGAAGAAAUUAACCAUCCUGCAGUUUAUAUUGUGUUUCUUAAUGGAAACAUUUUGGGUGUUACUCGACAAUACAAGAAACUCAUCAAGAUAUUCAGAAUGUUUAGAAGACGUGGACUUAUUUCAGCUUUUGUGUCAAUUUACCCGAAUCAUAACCAAAGAACGGUUUACAUAUGCAGUGAUGGUGGGAGAUUGUGUCGCCCUUAUAUAAUAGUAGAGAAAGGCAACCCGCUGGUCCAACAAGGACACAUCAAUGAACUCAAUAGAGGCAUCAGAAAGUUCCAAGAUUUCUUACAUGAUGGUCUCAUUGAAUAUUUGGAUGUGAACGAAGAAAAUGACAGCCAUAUAGCAACAGUUGAAGCUGAAAUAGAUCCAUAUGUCACCACGCAUCUUGAAAUAGAGCCAUUUACAAUAUUAGGCGUGUGCGCCGGCCUGGUGCCCUAUCCGCAUCACAACCAGAGUCCGAGGAAUACAUACCAGUGUGCUAUGGGAAAACAAGCUAUGGGUACAAUUGGAUAUAACCAAAAGAAUAGAAUUGAUUCUUUGAUGUACAAUUUGGUUGCCACCGUCGCCGUCAUGAGCUACAGCGGCUACGACAUCGAGGACGCCCUCAUACUCAACAGAGCUUCCAUAGAUCGGGGCUACGGACGUUGCCUUGUUUACAAAAGCGCUAAAACAACUAUGAAAAGAUACAGCAAUCAAACAUCGGAUAGAAUAUUAGGACCUUCGAAAGAUGCUACUACAGGAAAAAUCAUAAAAGCACACGAUAUCCUAGACUCUGAUGGAAUCGCUAGCCCUGGAGAAAUGGUUGAAAAUCGACAAGUAUUGAUAAAUAAACAAAUGCCCCCGGCUACAAUAAAUCCUAUAGCGCAAGGACAACCUCAGCAAAUUGAAUACAAAGAAGUUCCAAUUACAUAUAAAGGUCCGGUAGAAUCCUAUGUCGAGAAAGUUAUGGUUUCCGCAAACGCGGAGGAUGCAUUUCUAAUUAAGAUCUUACUAAGACAAACCAGAAUCCCUGAGAUUGGAGAUAAGUUCAGUUCUAGACAUGGUCAAAAAGGUGUUACAGGGUUGAUAGUUCAACAAGAAGAUAUGCCAUUUAAUGACAGAGGGAUAUGUCCCGAUAUGAUCAUGAACCCACACGGCUUCCCGUCGCGGAUGACAGUUGGUAAAACUAUCGAGUUGCUGGCAGGAAAGGCGGGAUUAAUGGAAGGAAAAUUCCAUUAUGGCACAGCAUUUGGUGGAUCUAAAGUGAGAGAUGUGUGCAAUGAACUAGAAAAACACGGCUACAAUUAUCAUGGCAAAGAUAUAUUUUACUCUGGAAUCACAGGCGAGCCCUUAGAAGCUUACAUUUAUUCAGGACCGGUUUAUUACCAGAAAUUGAAGCACAUGGUGCAGGACAAGAUGCACGCGCGCGCCCGCGGCCCGCGCGCCGUGCUCACGCGCCAGCCCACCGAGGGCCGCUCUCGCGAUGGCGGCCUGCGCCUCGGCGAGAUGGAGAGAGAUUGCCUCAUUGGAUACGGUGCCAGUAUGUUGCUAAUGGAGCGGCUGAUGCUGGCGUCGGACGCG